AUGUCUUUAAUUCUUUACUUUUCACCUCUUUCACCCCCCUCAAGAGCUGUUCGCUCUUUUUUAUUACUAAGCAAAGCCGUGUUUUCAGGAAAAGUUGUGGACAUAUUGAAAGGAGAAAAUAAAUCUGCUGAAUUCUAAAAUAUCAAUCCUAACUAAUCAUUGCCAGCCUUAGUUGAUGGUGGCCUGAAAUUGUUUGAGAGUCAUGCUAUUUUGAAAUACAUUGCUGUUAAAAAAUAACUAUAUCAAUAUUAUCCUAAAAACUUGAGAAACAAAGCACAGAUCGACUGUUAUUUAGAUUGGAGUUAAACUGGUCUUGGAGCUAUUGGAAAAUAUGUAACUCAAUGUUUCUUAUUCCCAAAAUUUAUGAAUAAACCAGUCCCUGAUAAUAAACAAGAAUUACACUAAGAUGUAAUAGAUGCUCUCAAAUUCUUUGAAUCCACCUUCUUAACUGGCAGGUACAUAUUUAAUCAGCCAUCAAUCACUCUUGCAGAUGUUAAAGCUACGUCUGAUUUGUCUUAACUUUUAAUAUCUGAUUUGGAUUUCAAUUAGUUCCCAAAAAUUAAAGAGUAUUUAUAGGAGAUGUUUUCAAUCUAAGCCAUGAAAGAAGCCUAUGCUGAAUAUUUAUAAAUGAUCAAUUCUUCUAACCCGAAUGAUUAAGUCUAAUACAUUAUCAAUGGAAUAGACAAGUCAUAAUCUUGGAAGUUCACAUUAUACUUCCAUCCCUUAUCAUCUCCAUCCAGAUCAGCAAGGACAGUUCUAUUAUAUAGUGGAAUUGACUACAAUGAACAGAUUAUUAACUUAUUAUCAGGAGAAAACGAGUAACCAUGGUUUUCAGCUAUCAAUCCAAAUUAAACUAUACCUGCUAUUGCCAAUGAUAGUAUAAAACUGUUCGAAAGUGGAGCAAUAAUGAAGUAUGUAGCAAGGAAGUUUAAUUUGUAUAAUUUGUAUCCAACCUAACUCAAAGCCUAGGCAAAAGUAGAUGAAUAUUUAGAUUUUCAUCAUACUGAAAUGAGUUCACUCCCAAAUUAUGUGUUUUCUUGUUAUUUUGGACCUCAAAUGAUGAAGCUUCCCAUGCCUGCAGACAAGGAUUAACAAUUAUAGAAUGUGAUAGGAACUUUGGAGUUCUUCUGGAGAGUUUUCAUGAACAACGGCAAAUGGACAUUUAUCAAUGAUUCCCCACAUCCUACUUUGGCAGAUAUUAAAGUAGGAAAUGACUUGGCCUAAUUAUUCAUAACAGAUUUUCCUUUUGAGAAGAUCCCAGGUUUUGAUCUUUAUAUAAAACGAUUAUUUGAAGUACCUGAAAUGAAAAGAUCUCAUGCUGAAUUGUUUGGGUUUCUACAAAGUCAAAAAAUUGGGAAAUUUGCUAUUUCAAUAAGCCAAGCAUAGCCUGUAAGAAAUUAAACAAGAAUAAUCUUGUAUUUUAACUUUUUUUCAGGACCAGCCAAAGCUGCUAAAACAGCUUUAUUGUUAGGAAACAUUCCCUUUGAAGAAAAGACUAUUGAUAUUCAAUCAGGAGAAAACACAAAAAAACCAUAUACUGAUAUCAACCCUAAUUAAAGUAUUCCUGCAUUAUCAUUUGGAAACUUUCAUUUAUUUGAAAGUCAUGCUAUAAUGAAAUUCAUUUGCAUUCAAUUCAACUUAACUGAAUUAUAUCCAAACUUUCCCUUAAGAGCAAAGAUUGAUUCCUAUUUAGAUUUCCACCAUUUAGAAAUCAGAAAACUAAGUUUAUUAGCAAUGGAUUUCUUCGUUGGUCCUAAAUUCUUCAAGAAGGAAAUGCCAAAAAAUUAUGAUGAAAGAGUAAGAGAAGUAAAUGAAUUGUUACACUUUAUGGUGAAUGCAUUUUUUGGAGGAGGCAAAUACAAAUAUAUCAUGGGAUCCAGAACACCCACAAUAGCAGAUUUAGCAUUUACUGCCGAAAUUUCAACCUUAUUCUUUGUGGAUUUUGAUUUCAGCCAAUUUCCAACUAUGAAGACUUAUAUUAGAGAUGUUUUUAGCAUCAAAUAAGUAAGAGAAACUUAUAGCAAAUAUUUCUUGGCAGCAAGAUUUAUGGCAAAAUCAAUGAAUCCAUUUAUAGAGUCAAUAGCUAAAGGAACAGAAGAAGGGGGAAGUACAUGUUGUUAAUUGAUUUGA